UUUCGAGGCUGGCUGGAAUGCGCCCCCUCUAGCAAGGGGUCCUGCGGUUGCCAGGGAUGCUCAUUGCUGACAUCUUUGGACUGGGGGCGGAUUACGGCUGGCGGAGCUGAAUGCUUAUCGGAAUGCUCAUUAUUGGCCAGAAUACGGCCACAGGAAUUCUCGCAAUGGGCCGAGAAACGGGUGCCUGCAAAUUGGAAAUGAUGGGACCAUUCUUAAAGAAUCCCGCGUGGCCAAGCGAACGUUGGUCAGCCUGAGUUCAAUAAUUUUUACCCCUCGACUGGCGAUCGACCCGAGAUUUUGGAAGCCAUCGUCAAGCGCAGCUACGAUACAGAGGAGAACGGCACUACCGAGCUUGGCAUCAAUAUAUAGAGGAAGAAAGGCACGAAAAGGUUACACAGGAGUCACAGAAAGUGACAUCAGAAAAGCUGCCAUCAUGGCGCCCACCGACAAGAUCUCACUCGAGUUCAUCGCCACCGGCAACGUCUGGAUGCAUACCGGGAUGCAAGGCCAACCCAUAGAGAACCGCAACAUCGCCCUCCGCUUACUCCGCUCCUUCACUGGCGAUUGGAUCGGCCCCAUGCCCCUCGGCGCAUUCCUCAUCCACCACCCCAAGGGCCCCAUCCUCUUCGACACGGGCGUCUCGACGCACUGCACCGAGCCGGGCUACUUUCCCUGCUGGAACCCGGUGCCAGGCAUUCUCAACAAGCUAGAGGUGACGAAAGAGGACGGCAUCGUCACGCAGCUCCGGAAACGCGGCAUCGAGCCCACCGAUCUCCAGUUCAUCAUCAUUAGCCAUCUCCACCACGAUCAUGCCGGCGGACUGGAGGUUCUUGCUGUCGAGGCGCCCAAUGUGCCCAUCUAUGUCGGCAUGGAACACUGGGAUGCGUUCGGGAAGCAUCCCGUCUACGCUGCUAUGCAAGGGUGCACGCCGGACCGGUGGCCGAAGGAUUUCGAGCCACGGAUCCUCGACUUUGAGGAGAAGCGCGCUGUAGGGCCGUGGGGCCGGUCGUGUGAGCUUGCACCAGGCGGGACUAUUGUUGCGGUUGAUACGCCGGGGCACGUGCCGGGUCAUAUCUCGUUGAUUGUGGUGGGGGAUAACGACGAUGGGAGCAAGACGAGGUAUCUGCUAACGGGGGAUGCCACGUAUGCGAUUAACGUGUUGGAUAAGGAGGAGCCAGACGGUGCGAAUAGUGAUCCUGUGGCGGCGUUUGAGAGUUUGAAGAAGAUUAAGGCGUAUGCUCGGAGCCACGACGUCGUUGUGCUGCCGAGUCACGAUCCGAAUACGCCCAGGUUGCUUAGGGAUAAGGUGCUCUAUAGGCCGGGGAAGCAUUAGAUGGAUAUUGCAGUGUCUGUAGCAGAAGAGACAGCAUAGCUGUAAGUUGUAGGAAUAAGCGUGUGGCUCAUCAGAACAACCUCGGGUAUAGGAUGAGAUGUGAGAAAUGUCUAUACUCUGUGGUAUGCUCAUGAUACA